AUGAACGGUCCCAAGCAUUCCAAUGCUUCCCUGGCUAAGCGCAGUGCUUCGCCCGUUGGCCGUGGUCGCAACCUGAAGCCAGUGGCUACUGGAGCUGCUCCUCGCCCCCCCAGCCCCACUAACAACCACCACUUGCACCAGCGAACGGUACCCCGCCCUCGAGUGUUAUCGCCUCAGCCCCAACGCCACGAGGCUAAGCAUGGCCACGGGACCUCCCCCAGUGCUCCUCCUCCGGUUGCGGCUCGCUCUCCCAGCCCACUGCCGUUGCGCCAAUUGGACCCCACCGACAGCCCCGUGUACCAGCCCCGUUCGAGCCCCGUGCUCCGUGACUUCAGAUCGCCUACUCCGGAACAAUUUGAAGAGAUGGUGACCCAGAUGCCUCCCGACGACCAGAUGGAGCUUUUCACCAUUUUGCAGAAGCACAAGAUGGAACGCGACAACUUUGCCGGGCUGACGAUGCCGCUGUUUUCCUAUCUCGAGAUGUUUAUUUACCUGUUUCUCUUGCUUGCCAUCGUGUUGUUGAUGGCGGGGUCAUUGGUGCUGGUGGCGGUGGCCGUCUUCUACUCGGUGGCGUUCGUCGUCCGCAAGGUGCCGCCGUCGUGGGUGGUGCAGAAGAUCACCGACACCACCCAGGGGAUGAAGCAGGUGGUGGUGUCGCCGAUUUAG